GGAGGGUGGUGCUUCGGAACAACGUCUCCCCGCUCCCGGCCCAAGCUUCCAAAUGUUGAUUUGAUUUGCGAUGCUCGACUUGACCAGUCCACCUCACGUCCAUUCGAGCUUCACAACGACUCAAUUGAAGACUUCCACCGCCCAAUACCACGGCGUACUGAACCGUUAAUUGGAAUCGAUUGCGGAAGGUGAAAGGAGGCAAGAUGUCGAAAGCUUUUGCGCCGAGUCGGAGUUUGCUGUCGAAUUUGAGAAGCAGAGGAGGAGGGAAAGCCAUACAGCAGCAGCAGCAGCAGCAGUGCAGAAAUCUCUCAAGUACGACUUCCACUCUCGCCAGCUCGAGACGGACGAAUGGGUCAGCGACGCAGUGUUUGCAGGGUGUGCGGAGGAAUGGCUCAGGAUUAGGAGUGGGAAUGGGAUGGAGUGCGAGGUGGACUGCUGGUGGAAGGGCAGCUGGGAAUGGAAAUGGAGGGAGUGUGAGGGGGUAUAAGACUGUGCAGGAGGCGAAGAGUCGGUAUAAAUCUGGGCCAUUCUCUACCCUAGCAGGCGUCCUGUUCCUCACCUCCGGCGCAGGACUGAUCUUCUACUUCCGUUAUGAGAAAGCACGUAUGGAAAGGAAGCGUGUGGCGGAGGCGGCGAAGGGAGUGGGAAGACCGAAGGUUGGAGGGCCGUUUGAGUUGGUUGAUCAGAAGGGGGAGGCUUGGGGGGAUGAGAAGAUGAGGGGGAAGUAUAGUUUGGUCUACUUCGGCUUCUCUCACUGCCCCGAUAUCUGCCCCGAAGAACUCGACAAGAUGGCCCAAAUGAUCGACCUCGUCAAUGCUUCACCACUACUCUCCAACUCCCCCUCCUCCAACAACCCCAAAGCCCUCCCCCCUCUCCUCCCCAUCUUCAUAACCUGCGACCCCGCGCGCGACACCCCCGCCGUGCUAGCAACUUAUCUCUCCGAAUUCCACCCUGCACUCAUUGGUCUCACUGGAACAUGGGAGCAGAUCAAAGACGUGUGUAAGAAAUACAGGGUGUAUUUCAGUACGCCGUCGGGUGUGAAGAAGGGUGAGGAUUAUUUGGUGGAUCAUAGUAUUUAUUUCUAUUUGAUGGAUCCUGAGGGGGAUUUUGUGGAGGCGAUUGGGAGACAGCAUAGUCCUGAGGAGGCGGCGGGGAUUAUUCUGGCUCAUGUGGGGGAUUGGGUUAGAUCGAGAUAAGGGGUGGGGUUUUUGGUUGAGGGAAAGGUUUUUGUGACGGUGGAGGAGAGGAGGGAUGAUUUUGGGAAGGAGGAGACAAGUGGGAAUACGAGGAGGGAGAUGUAUGAUACGAUACAACUGUAUACUUGUGUAUUAUAUACAGAGUCGCUUGCGGAAGUAUAGAAGGCAAGGUUCGGAAAAGUGAGGAUAGGAAGGAAAUGAAUUAGAAGACAAACAGACACCCAGCUCAAAUAAGACUGAUAAUUCACGC